CAUGUGGAUUUUUUCUGGUUCGUGAGUUUUAUUCGGUUUGUGGGAUACAAUCUUUGAUCUCAUUUUUCACAUUGGAAGUGAAACAAGUAAGUAAGAAGCAACCUCUCAACUUUCGCCCUUACGUUUUUCCCCUGUCCUGGGUAGCAAAUGGAAAUCAACGUCUCAUUUACUUCAGAAGAGGCAGAGAGACCCGUCGGCAGUAAAUAAUAAGCUCAAUCAAUUGUGCACGUUUAUCAACCAUAAGUUAUAGUUCAUAUAUAUAUAUUUCUCGUUAAAAAGUGUGUCAGUCAGUAAAGCACACUUCUUCCGCAUCCAUAUUUACUACUUACUACUACAUCAUAAAGUUUACUGCUGAGUGGACAAAUUAGUUAAUAAAUAUGCUGCCGUUAUUGCAUGUUAAACUUUAAUAACAACUUUACUCAUGGACAUGACCUUCAAUCUCUCUCAUCGAAUUGACAAAAUCUGGAUGACGUGACUGGGAAAUACAUGUAGGAAGCCCACGUACUAAUUUUGGAAUCAAUCCCACUGAAAGGUUUCAAACUGGAAUCAAUGUUUUUUAACGAAUGAAACAGAACAUGAAAAGAACUCUGCCUAAAAAAAUCAGACACUAAAACUUUGUGAAUUCUGCUUCCGCCCACGUAUGCAUUUGCCACACAGGAUUCUCUCUCCUUCCAUUUGGUGAAGUGCAUUUAAAUUGCUAAAAACCUUUAAACGAUGGGCAAUUCCACAAUAAUUUAUUUGAUUCGGUGCAAAAAACAUUAACCAGGCGACGGACAGACGGACUAUUCCAUUCCCCUAAUUGAAAUUGGAAUGAUGCUGUAUGGGAAAUGAUGUGCUAUUUAUUUGCGGUCCGUGAGAAAGCAGACUCGCGAAAUUAGCACUUUUAAGCUCCACCUCAUCGCAUAUAUUUCCAUGUCCAGCAGAGACAAAAUAUAUCGGAUUGACUUUCGUCAUCAGGAUGUGCAUCUCUGAAAUUGUCAUUGGAAGCAAGAAGAACAGCGUUUUAACUUUGUACACGAUUCAGAUUUCAGUCAGACGGAGAGUGAAAUGCAUUAACUCUAUCUCUGUGUUAUCUCAUCUCUCACAUGCUUUUUGGAGUUUGGCUUAACCAAAUGCACCCAUUCUUCUCCUGAUAGAUAUGAAAUUCAUCUCCGUUCAACAAGCUACUACCCUUUUUCCUCCCACAGCAGCGUCAACUGAAGUGGAAUAGAUCGAGUGUCUGGAUCUCUGUGAAACUUGCGAAUCCAUUUAUUACCCUUUCCUAGCUCCGCAUCCAUCCUCCGUUUGGUGCAUGGAAAGAUUGCAGCAAGUUUAUUCGCACAGGGACAGGAGAAGAAUAAAUUGGACAGAGUUUCAGUAGCAGCGUAUAAACUGUUGCCAAUGUUGUGAAGAUAAGUAGAACUGAGUUUUGUUUCAUUCUGCACAACUUUUUCUCGCGAGUUAGUCGUUCUUUGGCAACAAGAACGAGAACAAGUGCAACUCAGGAACGCAACUCCUCAGAGAACGCAAGCAACGCCGUUCUGCUAAAAUCUAGAAAGCUUAUUCCUACAAUUUUUCUUACAUUCGAAGGAAAAUGAUUCGGUAUGAACUUAUCACGAGAGAGAGAUACAUCGCGGUUGCAGACUUCUUGGUGAAUGAUUUCUUUGUGAAUGAACCGUUCGGAUUGGCACUGGGUCUCACAUUGGAUCAAGUUAGGAGAUGGUUUGCCGACUUCCUCUCCCACAUCCUUGACACCUCGGAUCCUGUCUCAUACGUCGCAUUGGAUUCCAAUAAGGAUGACAAAAUCGUUGGAGCGAUUAUAAAUUUGAUCGCAGAUCCUGAAAAAGAAGGUCCACGGUCGAUGAAAACGUUUCUCGAUCCGGAUAAGGAACCUAUAAAAAUUCAGAUUGCAACAUUUCUCGAAGAUCUUGAGGAUGGUCUCGACAUUUACGCAGCCAUGGGUCAACCGAGCUCUUCCAAAAUACACGCCUGUCUAUUUCUCAGCGUCGCCGAUGGGUAUGGGGGUCAAGGGAUCGCGAAAGAAUUGGUGGCCAAUGGUGAACGUGCAGCCAAAGCGAUUACUGGAGUCACAAUAGCAAUGACCGACGUGACGUCUGCCUACAGCUACAAAGUGUAUUUAAAAUUAGGCUAUAAAAUGAUCAAAGAAGUCGAAUACAUGUCUUAUCAAGGUCACGAUGGGGUUUACAUCUUCAAAGGGAAGGAAAAAGAACUCGGAGUUCACACCCAUGCCAGAGUCGUGGCGAAAUUGUUGUGAUGCAUGUCGACGCGUUUUUAAUUUACAAGUUUUAGAAUGGAAAUUACAUAUGUACAUACAUAAUAUGUAUAUUCAAAAGGAUACGUUUUGUACACGAAUUAGCAAUAAUAAUUGUAACAUGAUGAUACAAUUUCACAGAAAUCAUUCCACCAUAUGUAUGAAACUGUGUAUUAACUAUUUUAUCAUGUACAUUACAAUUUGAAAUAGUAAAUAUUAUGAUAGAGUUGAAAUGUAUAAUAAAAUUUUAAUGUGCCAAAUAAAUGCAUAAGUAUAAACAA